AAUGCAGGCCCAUACAUUGUACAAUCUCGUCUGGAAGGCGAUGUAGAACGCUAUGAAUGGCCACGAGGUAGAAUGAAUAAGUAACUGUGGUGUACAUAGUUAGUGUCGUAACUUAGAAACUAGUGAUCCAAUAACGACUAGGGAGUGUAAACCGCUACCAAUUCUUAAUGGAUUUGUAUUACUGGAAAGCACCGUGGAUGCAACAGUGUGACUAUGAAUGACGCUGUAGUACGACCGGUAUGAACUACUCCUUAUAACACCAACAGUAAAAAGUCUGUACACUAGCAUUACUAACGUGGGAAUCUAGUGUAAUCAUAUACGUAGUGCUCCGAGGGCGAUACUACCAGGUAGUGGUCACUACGUGUUGUAUGAUAAUAUUAGAAUGUAGACCGGGUAGGGUAUUUAAUGAACACUUAAGGUGGUGUAUUUAUGUAAUAUUGAGUACAACCCACACCACCUAUGACAAUACCGAGGUCAUAAAGGCACUGAUAGACCAGUUGGCACAGGGACUACAGAAGUGGGUUGGGUGGCAGGAAGGUGAUAAGUGCUGUCUUAAGGGGGAAACUGGGAUAGGAGGGAAAUGUACAUGUGCUGGUGGUGCCGCUUGUUGUGGUACCGAUGGUGGCGGCCAAUCUGAAGGAGAAUACUACUGGCCCACCAUAUCAGGUGACUCCACUAUGGUCCACCUCCUGGCCCGGAUUUUCCUAGGGUCAGUAUGUCUCAUCUGGAGUGGACUCAGUCAGUUGGGGUUCCUAACGGGUAGCAAGUUCUCGACUGGCAAAGGAGGUUCUAGGUGGAUGCAGCAUGCAUUGAACAACUAAGAGAAUGGUCUCGGCUC